GGUGCUGGGGCUGAGCAGACAAGGGACAGGAGCCGCUCUGGAGGUGUCUGGAGGCCCAGUGAGCCCCGGACCCGGGAGGCCCAAGGAGGUGACGCUGAGGCAGCAAGACCUCAGAGGAAGGGUGCGAGUCCCGCAGACGACUGUGCAGCACGCCAGGCGAGGCUCCUGUUAGGAGGGGGUGCCUGUGCCCAGGCGGCGGCUCAGAGGCAGCUGCUCCAUGCAGAACUGAAGCUGGUCCUGCAGGAGAAGGGAGAGAGGAAGCAGGAGCCCGGGGCCCAGGUGACUUCCAGCAGCGCCAUGGAGGUCAGGAGCCGGAGUGCUGAGGAACUGAGGCGGGCGGAGUUGGUGGAAAUCAUCGUGGAGACGGAGGCGCAGACGGGAGUCAGCGGCAUCAACGUAGCGGGCGGCGGGAAGGAAGGAAUCUACAUUCGCGAGCUGCGCGAGGACUCGCCGGCAGCCAGGAGCCUGAGCCUGCAGGAAGGGGACCAGCUGCUGAGCGCCCGCGUGUUCUUUGAGAACUUCAAGUACGAGGACGCCCUCCGCCUGCUGCAAUGUGCCGAGCCUUACAAGGUCUCCUUCUGCUUGAAGCGCACUGUGCCCACCGGGGACCUGGCGCUGCGGCCUGGGACCGUGUCCGGCUACGAGAUCAAGGGCCCACGGGCCAAGGUGGCCAAGCUGAACAUCCAGAGUCUGUCCCCUGUGAAGAAGAAGAAGAUGGUGGUGUCUGGGGCCCUGGGGGCCCCUGCAGAUCUGGCCCCCGUUGACGUCGAAUUCUCCUUCCCCAAGUUCUCCCGUCUGCGUCGGGGCCUCAAAGCCGAGGCUGUCAAGGGUCCUGUCCCAGCUGCUCCCACCCGCCGGCGCCUCCAGCUGCCGCAGCUGCGUGUCCGGGAAGUGGCCGAAGAGGCCCAGGUAGCUCGGCUGGCUGCCGCUGCUCCUCCCCCCAGAAAAGCCAAAGCGGAGGCUGAGGUGGCAGCAGGGGCCCGUUUCACAGCACCCCAGCUGGAGCUGGUUGGGCCUGGGUUGCCAAGCACAGAGGUGGGCGUCCCCCAGGUCCCAGCCCCGAAGGGACUGGGGAAGGAGGCCCCCACAGUAGAAGCAGCCACUGGCUUUGCCCUACACCUGCCAACCUUGGGGCUUGGAGCCCCCGCUGCACCUGCUGUGGAGCCUGUGGCUGUAGGGAUUCAGGUUCCCCAAGUGGAGCUGCCCACCUUGCCCUCGCUACCCAGUCUGCCCACACUGCCUUGUCUGGAGACGCGGGAAGGGGCUCCGGCAGCACUGACGGUGCCUACCCUGGACGUAGCAGUUCCUACUGUGGGGGUGGACUUGGCUUUGCCGGGUGCGGAGAUGGAGUCCCAAGAAGAGGUGCCUGAGGUGGCCCUGAAGAUGCCCGGCUUCAGUUUCCCCCGCUUUGGGGCCCGAGCAAAGGAAGUAGCUGAGGUCAAGGUGGCCAAGGGCAGCCCUGAGGUCAGGGUGAAGGGGCCCAGACUUCGAAUGCCCACCUUCGGGCUUUCUCUCUUGGAGGCCCGGCCCACUGCCCCCGAAGCCGUUGUUGAGAGCAAGCUGAAGCUGCCCACCAUCAAGAUGCCCUCCUUUGGAAUUGGGGUCUCAGCACCUGAGGUCAAGGGGCCUGCCGUGAAGCUCCCCAAGGCCCCUGAGGUCAAGCUCCCAAAAGUGCCAGAGGCAACCCUUCCCGAAGUGCAGCUCCCAGAGGUGGCCCUUCCGAAAGUGUCAGAGAUGGAGCUCCCAAAGGUGCCCGAGAUGGCAGUGCCUGAGGCGCGACUCCCAGAGGUGCAGCUGCCAAAAGUGUCUGAGAUGAAGCUCCCAAAGGUGCCCGAGAUGGCAGUGCCUGAGGCGCGACUCCCAGAGGUGGCCCUUCCGAAAGUGUCUGAGAUGAAGCUCCCAAAGGUGCCCGAGAUGGCAGUGCCUGAGAUGCGACUCCCAGAGGUGCAGCUGCCAAAAGUGUCAGAGAUCCGGCUGCCGGAAAUGCAAGCGCCAAAGGUGCCAGAUGUGCAGCUUCUGAAGGCACCUGAGAUGAAGCUGCCCAAGGCUCCAGAAGUGCAGCUAAAAGCUGCCAGGGCAGAGAAGGCAGAGGGGGUGGAAUUUGGCUUCAAGAUGCCCAAGAUGACCAUGCCCAAAUUCGGGAGGGCAGGGUCCCCGUCACGAAGCAAGUCAGGCGAGGCAGGGGCUGAGGUCUCAGGGAAGCUGGUGACACUUCCCUGUCUACAGCCAGAGGUGGCCAGCGAGGCUCGUGUGGGUGUCCCCUCUCUCACACUGCCCUCCGUGGAGCUAGACCUGCCAAGAGCGCUCAGCUUGGAGGGGCAGGUUCCAGUGGCUGAAGCCGGCAAGGUGGAGCGAGCAGAAGGCAAGGUGGCACAGGCAGAGGGCAAGGUGGAAUGGGCAGAGGGCAAGGUGGCAGCAGGGUUUGGGGAAGGGGCCUUCCGGAUGCCCUCUGUUGAGAUCGUCACUCCACAGCUGCCCACAGUCGAAGUCGAGGGAGGGAGGGUAGAGGUGAUGGAGAUGAAAGUCAAACCCACCUCCAAGUUCUCCCUGUCCAAGUUCGGACUCUCGGGGCCAAAGGCGGCCAAGGCAGAGGCUGAGGGGGCUGGGCGAGCCACCAAGCUGAAGGCAUCCAAGUUCGCCAUCUCACUCCCCAAGGCUCGGGUGGGGACCGAGGUUGAAGCGAAAGGGUCCGGGGAGGCAGGCCUGCUACCCGCUCUCGAUCUGUCCAUUCCGCAGCUCAGCCUGGAUGCCCAUCUGCCCACAGGCAAGGUGGAGGUGGCAGGGGCCGAUUUCAAGCUCAAGGGUCCCAGGUUCACCCUGCCCAAGUUUGGGGUCAGAGUCCGGGACACUGAGGCUGGAGAACUAGUGCCAGGGGUGCCCGAGUUGGAGGGCAAGGGCUGGGGUUGGGAUGGGAGGGUGAAGAUGCCCAAACUGAAGAUGCCCUCCUUUGGGCUGGCUCGGGGGAAGGAGGUAGAAAUCCAGGGUGGGCGUGUUAGCCCGGGAGAAAAGGCAGAAUUGAUGGUCGGGCAGCUUAAGAUCCCUGAGGUGGAACUGGUCACUCUGGGGGCCCAGGAGGAAGUGGGGGCAGAGGGGGCGGUGGCCGUCAGUGGGGCACGGCUAUCAGGCCUGCAGGUGUCCACAACCAGGCAGGCAGGCACUGAGGGCCAGGAGGGGGUGCGAAGGAUGCCCCUGGGCAUCUCUCUGCCUCAGGUGGAGCUGACCAGAUUUGGUGAGGCUGGCCUGGGUGCCACCUCGGGGCAGCAGGCUGAGAGUGCAGCCCCUUCAGCAGAGGGCACAGCAGGCUACAGGGUCCAGGUGCCUCAGGUGACCUUGUCUCUGCCUGAAGCCAAGGGAGAGGGUGGUGAGCUGUUGGUGGGAGAAGGCGUCUUCAAGAUGCCUACCGUGACCGUGCCCCAGCUUGAGCUGGAUGUGGGGCUGAGCCGAGAAGUGCAGGUGGGUGAGGCAGCCACAGAUGAGGGUGGGCUGAGGCUGAAGAUGCCCACACUGGGGGCCAGAGCUGGGGCUGGGGUCGGGGGACCUGAAGACCAGCCCCCAGGGGCCGAACGAUCCUUCCACCUUUCACUGCCCAACCUGGAGCUCUCGCCUCCUGCCAUGGGCAGCCACGCUGAGUACCAGGUGGUAGAGGGUGAGGGAGACGCUGGACACAAGCUCAAGGUUCGGCUGCCCCGGUUUGGCCUGGUGCGGGCCAAGGAGGGGGUUGAGGAGGGCGAGAAGGCCAAGAGCCCGAAGCUCAGGCUGCCCCGUGUGGGCUUCAGCCAGAGCGAGGCUGUUGCUGGGGAAAGCUCCCUCAGCCCUGAGGAGGAGGAGGAGGAGGAGGAGGAGGGCAGCAGGGAAGGGGCUUCUGGUCGCCGUGGCCGCCUACGAGUUCGCUUGCCUCGAGUGGGCCUGGCUACUUCUUCCAAGGCCUCUCGGGGGCAGGAGGGCGAGGCAGCCUCCAAGUCCCCUGGUGGGGAGAAGUCCCCCAAGUUCCGGUUCCCCAGGGUGUCCCUAAGCCCCAAGGCCCGGAGUGGGAGCAGGGACCGCGAAGAGGGUGGAUUCCGGGUCCGACUGCCCAGCGUGGGGUUUUCGGAGACCGGGGCCCCAGGCCCCGCCAGGAUGGAGGGGACUCAGACUGCUGUCAUCUGAAGCCCCAGGACAGAGGGAGGCUUCCCUCCUGUCUUCCCCUCCCCACCCCUUUGUGUGUGAGUUAACCAGCACUAACCCUCAGAGGGCCAGGAGCCGCGGAAACCUCCUGCCUGGCUCAUUGGCAAGAGUGUCUGUAUCUUGCCAAGCCAUGUGAAUAAAUAAUCCAGAGGUA